CGAACUUGUCAGCUGAUUCACUACUACCUGUUUUUAACAUAUUAAUACAAAAAAAUGUUAGUUUAAAAGUGCAUUUACAUGGGAAUUUGUAGUUUGUGGACUGAAGGAACGUUCUCAUAACCUCUAACGGUACUCAUUGUGCGUUUGAACUCGGAAUAAUGUAGGAUAUUGGGAAAGGGCUUCAAGGUUGAUAACAGAAAACUUCAAAAUCAACUCGGGGAGCGGUGGAAAAAAGCGGAAACAGAGCGAAGCUCUAACCACAAACUUCAAACUGAAAAUGAAUCCGCACUCAUUGGACUUCAACUCAAAACAAUCACCACACAGUUCUCCUAUAGCUACACCUAAACGGAGAGUACUCGGAGAACUACAAAACUCACCUUACAGACCAAUAAACUCACCAAUCUUAGAAAGGAUAUCACCGACAAUCGAAAGAUUAAGAAAUUCACCGCUAAUAGGACCUAUUUCACCAUUAACAAGUCGCUCAGACAGACUUAAAAGGAGUACAUCUAAAAUAACUAAAAUAUUCGAAGAAAGGAGUAAAUUUAAAAUGUCUAACAAAGAGAAUCAAAGCCCGUUAUUAAGCGAAACAUUCAUAAAACUAGAUAUGGAGGAAGAAACAAGAGAUUGUUCAUUCGCAGAGACUUUCAGAUCAUUAGUGUCUACUGAGAAAGUCAAUAAUUGGUCGACUAAGUUCGAUUUCACGGAUGCAUUACCACAGAAAUAUGAAAAACUAAACGACAUUUAUGUCCCCGAGAAGGAUUUAAGUACAGAUUUGGACAACGGUUUUGAGACACUACACGAUUUGGAAGAGGAAUUCGACGCUGACAAUUUCGACCAAUGCUCUAAAUACGAGAUAAUAUCAACAGACAGCCCUGAUAUUAUAUCCAGAGGGAGGAGUUCCACGAGGAAAAUCAGCUCAAAAGAUUUUGUAUUCGGUGCACCAUUAGCUGACAAUGAAGCGUCGACUUCGUUUAACAAACCAAACAUAAACGCAACAAGAAUGCUAAACUUCGAAGACGAGAGUUUCGAAUUCACCUCACCUGCGACUAAAAAAACAUCAAUUUCAGUGAAAAAAUCGUUAAAAUUCAACGAAACGCCAACAAAAGAUACAAGUGUCAGAUUCCCCUCAGAAUCAACAGCGUCUAUGGAAAGCGGUUUCGUAUCUGAAUUCGAAGAACCAUUUCUCGAACUCGAUGAUAUAUCAAAUUCACCUAAAAUCGAGAAUUUCAAUGAAUUAUUAUCUGGUACAAUAAAAGAAAAUAUAAUCACAAAUAAGGAUUAUUUAAAGAAACCGUUACAUCGUAGUAUGAGUUUAUCUAAAGCUAGGGUUUCACUGUUCUCGAUAACAGAAUCACCGGGAAGUAAAUCACAGAAACGUACUGAAGUUAAUGAGUUAGAAAACGGUUGUAACAAACGGAGGAAAUCUAACUGUGAAAGCCCACAAUUAGAAAAACGACCAGUACUGCAACGGGCUUAUUCUGAAAAUAACGCAUCUAUUAUGUCAGCGCUUGCACGAUCUGUGGUCGAGCCCGAUCUAAUCGGGGAUUUUUCUCUACCGUUCGCGUUACCUCUGACCCACGGCGACCACGCGGACCUCAAGUCUAUAUCCUGCGACACGCUCGCUGGCUUACUGCAAGGACAGUACGAUGACAGCGUCAGUAGUUACCAGGUGAUAGACUGUCGUUACCCAUACGAGUUUGAAGGCGGCCAUAUUCUGGGCGCUAUCAAUUUGUACACUCCGGAGCAAGUUUUGACACUUGUCAAUGAGCCGCUGCCGAAAUCCGGUGACAAAAGGAAUAUUCUGAUCUUCCACUGCGAGUUCUCGUUGGAAAGGGGGCCUAAGUUGUAAGUAUACGU